AUGAAGAGUUUGAGGUAACAUUGUACCUUCCAAACAUUCACAGGCUUUCAUAAUUGCUCUAUAAUUUGUUGGAGCACUGUUUCAGUACCAGAGACAACAAUGGUAAAAAGUGCCUUAUCCUUGUUUAAGCCAACUGCAAGGAACUCGAUGUUGUAUCCUCUCCUUGCAAAAACUCCAGCAAUCCUAUUAAUCAUUCCACUUUCAUCUCCGACAAACACAGAAAUCGUGUGUCUUUUCACCCUUUUGAUUCAAUCACAGAAGGCAAUAAGAAGGAAGACAGAAGUUAGCCUACAUAAACAAAGUUUUAAGGAAACCAAAAUACGCAAUGAGAAGGAAAUAAAAAACCAAUACGGAAAAGAGUGGGUUGAAUAACGUGCUUUGAUCGAGUGGAAGUGGAAGGAACAGGGGAGUUGGCAAAGCAAGUGUUGUUAGAGAUCUUUUCGUUGACACUCCUCGAAGAGAGCACUAGUUUCUUGAGGAAAUGGCUGCUGGGUCCUCCUAUCUUUAGUGGGAAACAAAUGGGUUUAUGAGCAUAGUCUGAGUCAGACUUUGAGCAGUGGAUUGAGAAGUGAGGAGCCGAAAGAGAUGCCAUGAAAGAAACAGAGAAAGAAAAGAGACCAUGAAAAGAAAAAGAAGAAGAAGAAGAAGAAAAUGCUAAAUAAGACCGACCGUCAUUAGAUGAGCAAUAUUUUAAGCAGAGGCAGCAAAUGGCGGUUUCGGUAUUCGAAUCGGGUCAACUGAUCAUCGGGUUCGGGAGUUCCGGUUCCCGCCAAUGGAGUUUAUUUCAGUUAAUGGGGGCAUUCCAAGCUUUACUGGAUAAGAUCCACCAUAUAAAGGAAAUUGCUUAAAUUAGUAGGCUUUUAGCGCUUUUUUUAAACGUCAAAUUGCAUUGUAGUAUAUAUUAUCAUGAACGCCAUUUUCGCUGGUUUUCAGUUGAAAAUUGUCUAUAUUAUUAGCAUGCGUUGGGUUCGGAUCUCAAAUCCCCUCUCUACCAUCUCCUUCUUAGAUUCUUCAUGCUGAUCAUUCUCCUCUUGGCUCGAUAUCGAGAGCCUUGAGCUUUGUUCCCAUGUUUUUUUUCCCUCUCGGCUCUCGAUCUUUCGAAGCCUUGUAUUUCAUUGUUCUUAAUUUCAUUACCUGAUUUUGGGAUUACAUUUUUUUUUUGUUCUACCACAAGAAACCGACCAUGCAGAACUUAACAAAAAGGGAAGUUUCCCGCCAGCUCUCAAAUAGGGCGUUAAAACGGGGUUUCAGCCGCCAAUUCUCGCGGCAGUCGUCUAUGGACCCACGGAAGAACAACCAAUGGUUCAACUUCGGCCGUCAGUCGUCCGUGGACCCCGUUCAGAGGAGUUCCGUCCAGGAAGAGCUGACGGUGCCGGAGAAUUUGGACUCCACCAUGCAGCUGCUGUUCAUGGCCUGUAGAGGGGAUACCAAAGGAGUGGAGGAUCUAUUAAAUGAAGGCAUGGAUGUUAAUGGUAUUGAUUUGGAUGGCCGUACUGCUUUGCAUGUCGCUGCUUGUGAAGGUCAUGUUGAGGUUGUUAAGUUGCUUCUUAGUAGGAAUGCUAAUAUUGAUGCCCGUGAUCGUUGGGGUAGCACGGCAGCUGCCGACGCCAAGUACUACGGAAAUCUAGAUGUGUACAAUAUCUUGAAGACCCGUGGAGCCUGUGUUCCUAAAACCAGGAAGACGCCAAUGACAGUUUCUGACCCUGAAGAAGUUCCAGAGUAUGAGCUUAAUCCAGUCGAGCUCCAAGUUCGGAAGUCUGAUGGUAUAACAAAGGGAUCAUAUCAAGUGGCAAAAUGGAAUGGCACGAAGGUCUCUGUAAAGAUACUAGAUAAGGACAGCUAUUCAGACCCUGAGACCAUAGCUGCUUUCAAGCAUGAGCUAACUAUAUUAGAGAAAGUCCGACAUCCUAAUGUGGUUCAAUUUGUUGGAGCUGUUACACAAAAUAUUCCCAUGAUGAUUGUUUCCGAGUAUCAUUCUAACGGUGACUUGGGAUGCUACCUUCACAAGAAAGGGCGUUUAUCGCCACAUAAAGCUUUAAACUUUGCUCUUGACAUUGCGAGGGGAAUGAAUUACCUCCAUGAAUAUAAAUCAGAUCCAAUAAUUCACUGCGAUUUAAAGCCAAAAAAUGUUUUGAUGGAUAGUGGAGGUCAGUUGAAGGUAGCUGGAUUUGGCUUGUUAAGAUUGUCAAACAUAUCAUAUGACAAAGCAAAAUUAUCAAACCCAGGUGCUCAUGUUGAUCCAUCAAAUAUAUAUAUGGCACCUGAGGUUUAUAAAAACUUGAUAGUUGAUCGAAGUGUUGAUUCUUAUUCUUUUGGUGUCAUGCUAUAUGAGAUGAUUGGAGGAGUAACACCUUUUCAUCACAUGCCCGCUGAAGAGGCUGUGAAAUUGAUGUGUUUAGAAGGAAAAAGACCACCAUUCAAGACCAAGUCAAAAAGUUAUCCUCCGGACUUAAGAGAGCUGAUUGAAGAAUGCUGGGAUCCAAAUCCUGUUGUCAGACCAAUUUUUUCGGAGAUCAUUGUACGAUUAGACAAAGUAUUUGCUAACUGCUCAAAACAUGGGAAGUGGAAAGAUACCUUCAAGCUUCCUUGGAAAUAAGGUAAAGCUCGGUUCCUUCGAAGCAGAGAAAAAUGGAGAAUUACGAAAGAGGUUCCGAUCUUUUUUGAAGUUUCAUCUUAAAGAUUGUAUCUUAUAUAAACUGUUCCUCCCCUCUCAAGGAGCUGGAAAAGUUCCUUACUAUAUAUAAUGUGUGAAAGAAGCUUACGUUAUGGACGCUAAUGGAAAAAUUACUAAUCAGCAUUAUUAAUCUACUUUUCUUAUUGCA